AUGGAUCAGCAGAAUUCCACAUUAUUUCAUGACUUAGAACAAAGUUAUGUGAUGCAGAUUGGCGGAUUAUGCCUAAAAAUCUAUGCCAGUCUUCUGUUAUUGGUGGGCAUACCUGCGAACAUAAUUUGCGGCAUAAUAAUGGGAGGAAAUCGCUCUAACCGGAUGACAACCCGCUUUCUAAUGAUCGUGUUGUCUAUUGCCGAUUCUGCCGUUCUUCUGGUUGCUGUGCUGCGAUAUUGGACAAUGCGUGUUCUCAAGUGGGAUCCACGCCUGAUCGGUCCCACCGCGUGUAAGUUGCACACGUUUUCAGUGGGAUGCAGUACAGACUAUGCCGUCGGUGCGUUAUGCGCACUUGCCGUAGAAAGGCUUCUGGUGGUUGCUUUCCCACACAAAGCAAACAGUAUUGUGAACAUGUGUUCUGUCACUUUCGGAAUGGGUGGUUUUGGUCUCCUGGUGGUUGCAAAAAAUAUGCUAAUUUUCUGGCUGGUUGGAUCAACAAAACCUGGUAUCAGUGAUAAAACCAAUAUGAGCUUACCAAUACGAAUCGGUACCUCCGAUUGUACGCCAUUACCAGAGUAUCGACAAAUUUUCAAAAUAUUCACCAAAGUGGACCUUGUGAGCUUUGCUGUGCUGCCGUAUAUUAUUUUGUUCUCCAGUAACUUAUUCAUUUACGUCAAGUUACGGAACCAGCAAGCUUUGCUUCGGCGAGCCAAACCAAAAUCACCAUUGUCCAGGCUGAGGCAGUCAAUCCGAGAAGAGGGCCAACAUCCGGUUCGAAAUGAACCGUUGUCGAGUGAUGGGAAGGCAAUUACCAAUACAAAUCGUCUUCAGUCCAUUAUUUCUCGAUCGGGCACAGACAAACGCACCAAGCGGAGACCAGAUGGUGUGAUCAAACUGCUGACAGCACUUACACUGAUACAUGUGAUCUGCACACUCCCUGGAACUUUGUUCACAUUUAUUACUUCGUAUCCAAAAAAUCUAGUCUCCAUCCGAAAAGACGUGGAAGAAUUAUUAAAGUCUGGCCUUGUUAUGUUAGUGUUUACCAAUAACGCAAUAAAUUUCUUCGGAUAUUACGCAUCGAGCACGGCAUUUCGAGAGAGCUUCUGUGGCAUGUUUAGGUGCGAUUGGCAUAAGUCCGUAUGUCAGCAGCGUCUGUUCAAUCACUGCGGAUGCCGAUGUGUGAAACACAAACAAAUUUCCGGAUCGGAAUUUGUCCAGUUGGUUGUGACUCCCCCUGGUGUAAAGGUGGCUUCGACAAGGCCAACAGAACGGGAACGGAAUGUGGCCAACAGUCAAGGUUCUCUAAAGGAAUCACCCCAAAGAAUAAUUGACGCCAAGGUUGACAGUUUCCAGGAAUAA